AGCAAUGACAAGACGUCUGCUGCCGCACGCGUGCGCGAAAACCAACGGCGGUCUAGGGCCCGCCGCCGCGAGUUUGUCGAGAACCUCCAGACCAGAGUCCAAGAGUAUGAGCGUCGUGGCGUCGAGGCCACGCUGGAGAUGCAGCGCAUAGCCCGAGCCGUGGCCCUGCAAAACUCGCGACUGCGCUCGCUGCUCACCUCGGCUGGCGUCUCCAACUCGGAAGUCGAGCGCUACCUGGACUCGUUCCACGACGACGAAGACUUGGGCUACGAGCCAACAAUACCCCCGACCGGCCAUCACUACCCGCUCGAACUCCAACUCCAGCAUCGGCCUCCCGGGAGCCCCGACAGGCCUCCAUUCUCUGGCAUGCCGACUUCAAAGCCGGCGCGGAGCGGGCCGAGCACACAAUCGUCCAACGACGGGCGGGAGGAUCCAAGAACUGCCCCAUCCGACAGAUAUGCUUCGUGGUCUGCCAGCGCGGAUCACGACCGAAUGUCUGCAACCUCGGACAGCAGUCCUAACGCGGACCCCUCGCCCAUGGAGAUGUCCUGUAGCGUCGCUGCCAGCAUCAUCGUGAGCAUGCAGCGAGGCCAGGACGAGAGGCGAACCCGGGAAGCGCUAGGGUGUCAAGGGACCAAAGAGUGUCUCGUGAAGAACACCAUGCUCUUCCAGUUCUUAGACAACUAG